AUGGAUGAUGUUUACUCAACUCUGUUUAAUCCGCUCACAGAAAUAGAAUCUCCUGUGGGUAUUAGCCACAAUCAUGGCACUGACAAUGCCCACAGUGGUAUGGACCCAAUACCCCUCCCGCUCUGCUUUCUCCCCUGCCAGUGUUUGCCAUUAUGCCGGAGGACGUCGCCGCGUGGGAUGCUGAACGGAGGCACCGCCCCCGGGAUAUGGAUGUUUCACAAGAAGCUUGUUCACCCAAUCAACCUGCACGUGGUCGUGAAGAUCAGUUCAGACGAAGUAGCGUCCUCGUCGGCGUUGCAGAGGAGGGCCUGA